UACCUACCUAGUACCUCCAUAAUCGGAACUGUCGUCCCUCUCAUUCGCCCGACACUGCCACCACCCAUUGGCCUCUUUCUGUCUCCUGCACUUCCAGGCGUUGCAAUCACCACUACCUUACUGCCCAGACACACAUCACCGACGCCCUCGCUCACCAGCACCAUGGAGCCCUCGAACCGUGAUCGACAACUCCACCAACGCGAACCCGAAGACCCUCGCUACCUCAACUUCAAGCACUCGCAGCCCGGAUCCGGUCUUAACAAGUUCUCCUCCACCUUAACCAGAGAACAUGACUUUCCCGCUGCUCAGGCGAUGCUGUAUGCCGCCGGUGUGCCGAAUGAGAAGGCUCUGAAGACCUUUCCUCAGGUGGGAGUGGCCAGUGUAUGGUGGGAAGGCAAUCCAUGCAACACGCACCUACUCGACAUCGGGAAAGAGGUGAAAAAGGCAAUCGAAAAGCAGGAGAUGCUGGCAUGGCAAUACAAUACCGUCGGCGUUAGUGACGGCAUCACCAUGGGUGGUGAGGGCAUGCGAUUCUCGCUGCAGUCGAGAGAGCUCAUCGCCGACAGCGUCGAGACGGUCACAUGUGCACAGCAUCAUGAUGCCUGUAUUGCUAUCCCGGGUUGUGACAAGAACAUGCCAGGCGUGGUCAUGGGCUUUGCACGACACAACCGACCUUCGAUCAUGAUAUAUGGAGGCACCAUCAACCCCGGAUACUCCAAGCUCCAAGAAAAGACGAUCAACAUCGCCACUGUCCUCGAGGCACAUGGCGCCUACCUCUAUGACAGUCUCAAGAAUGCUAACAAGCCAGAACAAAACAAGGACGACUUACUCACGGAUCUCGAGCGAACAUCUUGUCCCGGACAAGGGGCAUGCGGAGGAAUGUUCACCGCGAACACCAUGGCCAUGGCAAUUGAAACCAUCGGACUCUCGCUUCCAGGCUCAUCAUCGACACCCGCCACAUCGCCCGCCAAGAUGCGAGAAUGCGCCAAAGUCGCUGACGCCAUCAAGAUUUGCCUCGAGAAAGACAUCAAGCCCCGCGACUGCCUCACCAAGAAGGCCUUUGAGAACGCCAUGGUCAUGAUGAUGGCUCUGGGAGGCAGUACGAACGGUGUCCUCCACCUUCUCGCCAUGGCGGGUACAGCCGAAGUCAAUCUGACUCUCGACGACUUCCAACGUAUAUCCGACAAGGUCCCCUUCAUCGCCGACAUCGCGCCCUCAGGGAAGUACCUCAUGGUAGACUUGUAUGAAAUCGGUGGUAUACCUUCUGUGCAGAAACUUCUCAUCGCUGCGGGCUUGUUAGAUGGCACCACCAUCACCGUGACAGGUAAAACGUUGGCCGAGAAUGUGGAGAGCUGGCCGAGUCUGAAGCAAGGCCAAGAUCUCAUUAGACCCAUUGACAAACCGAUCAAAGCUACAGGACACUUGGAGAUUUUGAGAGGCAACCUCGCACCAAAUGGUGCCGUGGCGAAGAUCACGGGGAAAGAGGGUAUGAAGUUUACUGGUAAAGCAAGAGUGUUCAACAAGGAGAUUGAAUUAAACGACGCCUUGAACCAAGGUCUGAUCCCCAGAGGAGAAAACCUCGUGCUCGUCGUUCGCUACGAGGGGCCGAAGGGUGGCCCUGGUAUGCCUGAACAGCUCAAAGCAUCCGCCGCCAUCAUGGGCGCUGGACUCAAGAACGUGUCUCUCAUCACCGAUGGCCGAUACUCUGGUGCCUCGCACGGGUUCAUCGUCGGACACAUCUCUCCCGAAGCUGCCGUCGGCGGUCCGAUCGCUGUUGUGGAGGACGGAGACGUGAUUACGAUUGAUGCGGAAACGAAUCGAAUUGAUUUUGAUGUUAGCGAUGAGGAAAUCCAAAAGCGGUUGGAGAAUUGGACACCGCCGAAGAUGCCGGUCACGAGAGGUGUGUUGGCCAAGUAUGCGAGGCUGGUGGGCGACGCUAGCCAGGGAGCAAUGACGGAUUUAUUUUAGAUGCAGUAGAUGUAGACAUGGACUGCUGCUGAUCUAUACUCACCUCUCCGCUAAUCGUUUCAAUUCUUUUCUAGUCUUUGCAGAUAUUGGACAGAAUGUCUACCAGCGCAGAUCUUACUUGUCCUAUAGAAGAAACCAAUCAGCGACUUUGAACCUUGAAGGGGUUACUAC